GAUCAGAUCAUCAAACUCUCUCCCCUCUCAUGCACAAGCAAAGGCGAUCAUCACAACGUCUCCCAGUCAGCGGCUGGCGUUACUGAAUCUCUUGUAUGGUACGGCACUCUUCAGAUCGCAAGAGCUUCUCGUCUGCCUGGAUGUAUGCAUUGUGUAACGUGACCGGAACGGGAGAAUAAGCGGCAUUCUUACAUGAGACGUCAUAUGCCAAGAAUAACCCUACUCUAGAGGCGGCCUGCUCUAGAGGCGGUGAUAGGGAAGGGGGUUCAGCAAGGGGAUUCAUGUAAGUGGAUACGCUGUUAGACGAAAUCCGCGCCACCUAAUCGCCGAACAGGGCUCAGAACUCGAGCAGUGCCUUCAUUAUAAUCAUAUCUCCGAGUGCUGAGGGAUCUUCAGCUGACGUUUGAGUCGACUCAAAAGUGAACUUGAGCAGUACCUUCGUUAGAAUCAUAUCUCCGAGUGCUGAAGGGUCUUCAUUGUCCGUAGGAACGAGGCAAGCCGUUCAGGAUGGCAUUCCAUGUCUCCAUAAUGCGUCGAAGCAGACCACGUGCGUUCGCUCCGGUCUUCGGCUCCACGUGAUGCCGUCCCGUUAGUAACUCGCGAAGAGCUGAAGGGCUGCAAGCCUACAUUCCGCACAUUACUAGCGAUGACUUACGUAGAAUUCUAGUGGCACCAGCCCACAUUCCGCACCAACCUAAAUUCCUCACCAGCCUGCAUUCUUCACACGUAUACAUAAAGACCUUAGCGGGUUCCAGCCUUGAAGCACAGCGACGGCGGACAUGGACUCGUCGUUUGUGACGGCGGCGCGCCUCUCCGCCACCAUAAGCGGAAUCACCUUCCGUAGCGCGCGGCGCUCCGUCGACCUCGUGCACGCCGCGGGCGGCGCGGCGCCGUCCGCGAAUCGCGCGGGGGUCUCCACGUACCUGCAGCGCAUCCAGCGCCCCGGGCUCGUGCAAAACUUCGGCUGCCUGCUCGCGAUUCCCGGCGACGGGAAGAGCUUCGAUCUCGUCGCCUUCAGCGAGAAUGCCGGCCACAUGAUUCUGAAUGAGGCGCUGCCGCCGCCGGCGCCGGUGGCGGCGGUGCCUCCACCCCUGCUGGCGGCGACGGGUACGGGCGCGGGCGCGGGCGCGGGAUCUGCCGCGCCAGCAACGGCGUUGAUCGGACGGUCGCAGUCGAUUCCGGAAGGGUCGGAAGCGGCGCCAAAUGUGGAAGUCGUUCGGAGAGGUGAAGCGGGAGGAGCGGCGGGAGGCGCGGCGGCGGGCAGCGAGAAAAGACGGCUGGUGAAAACAUCGUCUGAGGGAAGCACCCUAGUAAAACCGCUGACCUUUCUGGAGCGCAUCCGCUGGGCGAUCUUCCGCUCAAACAGCCGCGGGCGCGCCAAGGGCGCAAGGAGAGCGCGCCGCCUCAGCGCGAAUGCCGCCGCCCCCGUGUCCUCCGCGCCCGCUGCUGCUGGCGCUGCGGGGAGAGCAAGCAUUGACGCGAAGGCGGGGGAUCUGGCCGCGGGGAAAGGCGGAGGCGGAGGCGGAGGCGGGAUGAGCGUGAGUGAUAGCGCCAUUACUGUAGGGCGCGGAUUGGAGGAUGCUGCUGCUAGGGCGGACGUUGCUACCGAACCACGGUCAAAAAUAGUUCUAGGGAUGGAUGUGCGCAGCCUGUUCACACCAGAGAGCGUGGAAGCUCUAGAGAAGGCAGUGGCAGCAGACGACAUCGCGUCCAUGAACCCCGUGCUGCUGCAGUGCCGCCACUCCAACCGCCCCUUCUACGCCGUGCUCCACCGCACCUCCGCUGCCGCUGCCGCUGACGACGCUGCUGCCACCAGCGGCAGCAGCAGCAGCAGCUACAGCAUCCCCAUCAGCAGCAGCAGCACAAUCACCGCCACCACCACCACCACCACCAUUGCUACCACUGUCUCUCCUGUCACCACGUCUCCCGUAAUCUCAACCCCUGGGGACAUAAUCAGCAUAGACCUAGAGCCGAUCACCCCCCUAGACCCCGAGGUGGACGGCCCAGGGGCGCCCCUCACGCACCGGCUGGCCCUCUCCGCCGUGAAGCGGUUACAGCGCGUAACACCCGGUAACAUUACAGGUCUGUGCCAGGUGGUGGUGGAGGAGGUGCGACAGCUGACAGGGUAUGACAGGGUGGUGGCUUAUAAGUUUCACGAGGACGGCCAUGGGGAGGUGGUGGCUGAGGACAUGCGAGGGAGGAAGGGGAGGAGGGGCGGAGGAGGGAAGGGGAGGAGUGGGAGUGCGGGGGAGGGUGAGGGAGGUGGGAAGGAGGGGGGAGAGGAGGGAGAGCAGGGCGAGCAGGGCGAACAGGGAGAGCAGGGAGAAGAUGAGGAAAGGGAGAAGGAUAAGAAUCAGGAGCAGGGGGAGGGGCAGGAGCAGAGUAAGCACGAGGUGGGGGGGGCGGAGGAGAGUGACAUUGACAUGGAGCCGAUACUAGGGCUACACUUCCCCGCAACGGACGUACCUCAGGCCACCCGCCUCCUCUUCUUCCACACGCGUUCCCGCAUGGUGGCGGACUGCCUCUCCCCCUCCGUGCGCCUUCUCCAGCAUCCCAUCUCCGCCCCGCACGCCCUCAGCCUGGGGGGCUCCACCCUCCGCGCCGUGGACCCCUGCCACGCGCAGUACAUGAGCAACAUGGGGAUCCGCGCGUCCUAUGUGCUGGCUAUUAUCGUGCCCACUAGGGGGCAGAACGCGCAGGAGGGCGGCGGGCACGGGGGGGGAGGGCAUGGGGGGAGUCAAUAUGGGGGGAGCCAGCAUGGGGGGAGCCAGGUGGGGCCAGGGGGAGCGGGGGCAGGGGGGUCUGGACGGCUGGAUCAACCACAGCUGCAGCAGGGGAAGCAGUCGGGCCCUCUCGCUCGCAGCUCCAGUGCGUCCUCUGGGCCCCGGGGGGGGGGAGCAGCGGACGCAGCGGGGGGAGUGGGGGGAGAGUCGUGGGAUGUGCGGUCGGAGGAUGGGGGGAGUACGGCGGGGGGAGGGGGCGGGGGAGGGGUAGGGGGAGCGCGGCUGUGGGGGCUGGUGGUGUGCCACCACAUGUCGCCGCGAGUGGUGCCGUUCCCCAUCCGCUCGGCCUGUGACUUCCUCAUGCAGGCAUUCGGCCUGCAGCUGUCAGUGGAGCUGGAGAUCGCGGCCCAGCUGCACGAGAAGCAUAUCCUGCAGAUCCAGUCGCUCCUGUGCGACACGCUACUCACCGACAACCCCAUCCGCGCGCUCGUCUCCUCCGCGCCCAACAUCACCGACCUCCUCCCCUGCGACGGCGCCGCCGUGGUCUUCCGCGGGGAGGUGUCCCGCUUGGGCGUGGCCCCCUCGGAGGAGAUGAUUGGGGAGCUCAUUAGGUGGCUGCAGAAGGAGCACUGCGGGUCGAGCGGGUUGAGCACGGAUAGCUUGAAGGGUGCAGGGUUCCCGCAUGCGGAGGCGCUGGGCGUGGACGUGUGCGGCAUGGCUGUCGUGUGCUUCUCCCCGAGUGACGAGCAGCAGCAGCAGCAGAACAGGGAUGCUGCCUCUCCUGCAUCCACAACAUCAGCAGCAGUGGCAGGGGGCGGUGGCCCCAGUGCGACGGGCGGCGACUACCUGUUCUGGUUCCGGUCGCACGUGGAGAAGCACAUCACGUGGAGCGGUGCCCGCCACGACCCCAAGGACGUGGACGACGUGAAGCGCCGCAACCCGCGCGCCUCCUUCAAGAGCUUCCUGGAGGUGGUCAGGCAUAGUUCGCAGCCGUGGGUGGAUGUGGAGCUGGACGCGGUGCACAGCCUUCAAGAUCUGCUGUGCAAGUCGGUCAGGCGCAAGGAGAGCACGGGACGCCUGAUUACGAUGGGCAAGGAG